GCUCUUGGAGGGAUAGUCCUUUUCGCUCCCUUGGAACUACAAUUCCCAGCCUCCCCAGCGUGGCCUCCGCCUUCUCCUCCUCCCCUUUUGGGGCGGGUCCAAAUCUCAGCUGAUUCGGAGCGAAAUCCCAACCGGCGCCGGAGGGGAAGGAAAGGAAAUUGGAGCGGUGCCUUGCAAAACCGUAAUGGCUUCCUAGGCCUCUUUGUGUGGAAACAACAGACGCGGGAACUUUGAGGCUGUUAGGACUUGUGGAGUCUUCGCGACUGCCUUUUCCAGCGUGGCGCGAUGUCUGUCCCGGGCAACGCCUCCGUCCUCUGCCCCAACGGAUCCCAGUGGGUGAUGGAGGUCUUCAACGAGUGCGCCCAGGACGCCUGGGACCUGGCCAGCGUGGUCCUCGGCCUCGUCUCCAUCCUUUGCUUCGCCGGCGCUUCCUUCCCGCAGUUCUACCUGUCGUGCAAGACGGGGAUGAUGGACCAGGCGCUGUCGCUCUACUUCCUGCUGGGCUGGCUGGGAGGAGACUCCUUGAACCUGAUUGGCUCCUUCCUGGCCGACCAGCUGCCCCUCCAGGUCUACACGGCCAUCUACUACGUCCUGGCGGAUCUGCUCAUGAUUUCCCUGUACGUUUACUACAAGAUCAAGAACCAAAACAGGACCAUGUCGGCCUCCAUCAACGCCGUCUUCGCCUCGCUCCUCCUCGUGGGCUCCGUCUCAGUCUUCUCCUCCCUGGGCGGCCCGGACGCUCCUCGGGGCAGCGUGGACCCCGCGACCUUCAAGGGGAGGGCCCUGCUUUCCUUGUCCGAAGCCCCCCCGGGAUGGGAGCCUUUCACCCGGAAGGAAAUCAUCGGCUUCGUCAUCGGGUCGGUCUCCGCAAUGCUGUACUUGGGCUCCCGCAUCCCCCAGAUCUACACCAACUUCAUGAGGAAAUCCACCACCGGGAUCUCCUACUCGCUCUUUGCUCUGGUGAUUCUGGGGAACACUCUCUACGGGGCCAGCGUCCUGACGAAGAACCCGAACCCAGGGCAGUCGGAGGGGAACUACAUAGUCCAUCACCUCCCCUGGCUGGUCGGGAGCCUGGGCGUCCUCUCCCUCGACAUCGUUAUCUCCUUCCAAUUCUUCGCCUACCGCCAAGGGAGGCCGUUGGCGCAAAGAGACGAGGAAGAAGCGCUGCUCCGAGGGGAAGAUCCCAUAGAAAGCGGGCGGACGUGACCCGAACCCGAGACCCGAAGCGGAUCCUCCUUCGGGAACGGUAUUUCGUAGUCCUCCGAACGGAAAAAGGGCGCCUUUUGUUUCACUGUGAUUUCUAGAUCCUAAAAAAAAUACAGUCAAAAGAAUGGAUUGCAUUUCUGGAAAUGGGCAUCUGUGGCACGUUUUUGCACGAUCCGUGGCUCCGUUUUCUUUCACGGACCCGGCCGUGUUUCUUUCACACGCGACUUAAAGGGACGGAAGCACCAUUAUUUCGCGAUCGGAGAACGUGGUCAUCACACCUUCCAAAGGGACGCAACAAUCAUGAUAAAACUCUCGGCCAGUAACAACCUUUCGUCAAUAAAUAGAAAACCAUG